CAUAUAUAAUACAAUAUACAAAUAAAUAUAUAAACAAAUAUUGAUACUGAUAUUGAAAAGAGACAAUUAAUAGUAAUAUGAAGGUGCAAAGAGAUGUAAACAAUGUAAACAAGUGUUAAUGGUAAGUGAAUAGGUGAAAAGAUGUAAAACAGUUCAGCGAUCAGCAGCAUGAUUAUCUCAUGUUUAGAGUUUAAAAUGCAGUAACAGACUCAUUUAAUGCAUUUACCUUGCCUUCACCUGAAUUGAUGCGUUAUAUAUAUGGCUGUGUCUGUUACUACAAUAAAUUUAAUUUCAUGCAGGUCCUUGCUGUACACCUGCCAUGUCUGAAUACUACAUUAAGGAUGGGAUGAGCCUGACCGUCACUGGUUGGGGGUGAUGUAAUCCACUAGGUGGAGUACUACACCACCACAAGCUGACACUGCACAAAGUCAGUGUAACCUAUUAUAAAGAUGCGCACCGGGCGUCAUGUAAUUUAAACGGAGAAGUCGAUUGUAUGGCCUUUAUCUUAUAAGCUUCAUUUGAGGCAACGUCACGAAUGAAUGAAUGAAAUUGGUUUGAUUUUAUUUUUGCUCUUAUUCUGUCAUAAAACAAUGUACACACAGCUCAUUUCUUAUAAAGUAGACAGCACAAAAAGCCAUGAAUAAUCAAGACAAAAACACAUACAGUAAAUUACCAAUGGACUAUACAUAUACCACAUCCACAUAUAGUGAAUGAAAGAAUAAGCCUGAAAUUGUUACCUAAAUAAGUAUCUGCUGCUGUGAUGUAUGAAGUAGUUAAGAAGACCCACUCAUGAUCGAAUAAAGUUUGACCACUUUGAUCAAACUAACAUUUACAAGUUUCUACAAAUUUCUGUGUAGAUGUACCUUUGCAACGGAUCUCUGCAACUUCUUUCAAUAAGAAAUCUUGACAGCCUGAAAAAGUGAUGUAGUCCAGAGUUUGGUAGGCAGUUACAGCAGCAUUACAAUGUCAUUACACGCUACCAUCUCAACAAAUGUCACACCUGUAUGAUAAUCAUCCUCACCACGGUUAUAUUACGACGACUCCGUCAAAAAGACAUCACCCACAUCAAUUCACCUUUAAAACAUUUCAUCUUAAGUGCGCCGCAGAAGUCACGGGUGGCGGAGAGAGGCAGCCAAUAGAGCGGCAGAGCUGUUUACCUGUGCGGUGCAGCUCGGCCUGUGAUUGGUCCGUUGGCCGCGCAGCCCUGGGGUGACGUCAGGAGCAGCGCUGCUGGUGAGGCUGCCAAGUAGAGAUUCAGUGAGAGCGCUCCGAGUUGGAGAGACACACGGACACUGGACAGACACGGCCGCUGGACCUUUCGGCGCAGUUAAAUUGCAGUAUUGUCUCUGACCGUAACAACAAGAAGAUGCCACUGGGUGACGAGUCCCAUGCCUGGAAAAAGAAGACCUCAGAUGUGAAGGAGAAGUAUGACUUCAAAGAGAUCCUGGGAACAGGAGCUUUCUCUGAGGUGGUCCUGGCAGAGGAGAAGAGGACCCAGAAAUUGGUGGCCAUCAAGUGUAUCCCCAAGAAGGCAUUAGAGGGCAAGGAAAACAGCAUUGAGAAUGAGAUAGCAGUCCUGCACAAGAUUAAACACACCAACAUUGUAUCUCUGGAAGAUAUAUUUGAGAGUAAAUCACACCUCUACCUUGUCAUGCAACUGGUGUCUGGUGGGGAACUGUUUGACCGUAUCAUAGAGAAAGGCUUCUACACAGAGAAAGACGCCAGUAAGCUAAUUCGGCAGAUUCUUGAUGCUGUCAAAUACCUCCACGACAUGGGCAUCGUGCACCGUGACCUGAAGCCAGAGAAUCUGCUCUACUACAGCAUGGAUGAAGACUCCAAGAUCAUGAUCAGUGACUUUGGGUUGUCUAAAAUCGAGGGCUCUGGCAGCGUGAUGUCGACAGCCUGUGGAACACCUGGAUAUGUCGCCCCUGAAGUGCUGGCUCAGAAACCCUAUAGUAAAGCAGUGGACUGCUGGUCUAUUGGUGUCAUAUCAUAUAUUCUGUUGUGUGGUUACCCUCCUUUCUAUGAUGAGAAUGAUGCCAAACUGUUUGAACAGAUCCUGAAGGCAGAAUAUGAGUUUGAUUCUCCUUACUGGGAUGAUAUCUCUGAUUCAGCUAAAGACUUCAUAGUCCAUCUGAUGGAGAAAGACCACAACAUACGUUACACCUGUGACCAGGCCCUGCAGCACCCCUGGAUUGCUGGGGAUACUGCCCUGGAAAAAAACAUCCAUGAGUCUGUCAGUGCACAGAUCAAGAAGAAUUUUGCAAAAAGCAAGUGGAAGCAAGCAUUCAACGCCACAGCCGUGGUUCGCCACAUGAGGCGUCUUCAGCUGGGCACCAGCCACGAGGGACCAAACCCAACCCUGCCCAGCCCAUGCCGAAAUCAACUGUUGAUGCCAGAGGAUCACCCGCAGCACGCAGAGGCUUGUUGUGAGGGAGGGUGCUCCCAGAACGUCGACGGUGGGGCGGACUCUCUGUCCAACUGCAGCUACCGUUGCCACCCUACCAGCAGGGUGUGAUCCCUGCACCUGCUCCACUUACCUGUCUAAUUGAUCCCAGUGACUUUCCAAUUUUAACCCCCUCGGUGGAACCAGAGGCACCAUCUCCCCCCUUAUCUGGUUAGGAAUACAGCGUCAUUCCAACCUCUCGCCUGCAGGGGGAGCAAGCCUGUCCAGCCUGAGAAGGAAGAAAUAAAAUGGCAAGAAAAGGAGGAGGGGGGAGACUUGAUGAUUAUGAUGAUGAUGAUGAUGAUGAUGCACCAGAGUUGAUCUAUUUUACAGACUGGUAGUUUGGGAAUAAAGUGAAAUGGUGAGAGGAUACAAAGGAAGGAGGGGAAGAUAACCCUCCAGCGUGUCAGGGGGAUUGUUUUUUAGCCGGAGCAGGACAGAGCUUGUUGGACACUGUUUUUAUUCAUGAUUUUUGACUCAGCCUGUGUCUUUGUUUGUUUCAUUUGUUAUCGUUUUAUAUAUUUUUGUGUUGUCUUUUUAACCUCCUACUGUUAGACUUCGGAGUGUAAAUCCAGAAACAAUAUCUGCAUGAUCAGGAGAGAAGUUCCCCAUGCAUGUUUUGUUUAUCUUUAAAAUAUACCCUGUUGCAGUGAUGCAGCAUCACCUUGCAAACGAUGGAGUGUCGUGUAGAAAGUCUGUCAAGGCAGAAAGGCAUAGAGAAUUUUAAUAUUUUGCAGUAUUUUAACUGAAGUUGAAAUCUUCUAAUUUAACUUUUAUGCUGCAAAGUGAACACAGAUCUGCACUCUCUGUCUUUAAGUUGUGCUUUUAGACAAUCAGUGACUCAAUAGUUUAUGCAAUGAAAACUCCAUCUAUCUACUAUGUAGCCUUUUAUGUGGUGAUAGUGUUUCCAUGCAGUGGUAAAGCUUUUUUUAAAAGGAAAAGGCUUCCCCCUUCUCCUUUUUUCAACCCCAAACCUCUUUAACCACUCGAGCACAGGAAUAUAUCUUUGUCUAAGGUGCCUUUAGGAUGUACAGUAUGAUGGGUUUAUUUUCAGGGGGAGCUUCUGAAACAUUUUGUCUCUUUCUGCGCAGUUCAUGCAGCACUCCAUUGACUCUUUCUGUAACCACAUUUACAGCUUUAAAACGCAGUUUUAUGCUUUUUGUCUCAAAGUUAGGUACUGUAAUCUCAGAGGGGAGACCUGCAAACAUACUGUCAUAGUUGUCAAGAUGUGUAUUUUUUUCAUUUAGACUGGUUUAAUAUUACAAUAUCAAACAAAAACUAAUAAAAUACAUCAAACGACAAUUCAGAAGAAGCACUGAUCAGUGUGCUCAGCCUUCCUCGAGACUCAGUGGGACUAAGUAGGUUGUGUGGAUGCAAAAAAACUAAAUUUGAUAUGCAUCUGUCACCAUGCACUGUAAUCGUAACUUCAUCUUUUUCUUCUUACAUUCUUUAACAGGCACAUGCAGCCUGUUCAGAAAAAUCUAGAUUAGAGAAUGUAAAUAUGCAUCAGAUUGACUCACUCGUCAUUUUUACUGUUUCUCUUUUUUUUAAAUUUUAUUUGUCAUUCAUUCAGCUCUCUAACACAUAGCAGUGUCGGUUAUUUUAAAGAAUCCUGUAAUGUCAAUUGUUUUUGAAAUUGCAGUAAAAGUGACGCUGAGAUCUUCCAUUGACAUGAGCUUCAUCCACCCUCUGAUCACUCAAUCCCUGAAACAAUCAGUUUCUGUUUAAGACAUUCAUACUCUCUCUGCUGCAAAAGCAUCAACUUUUGGUACUGACGUGAUGUUUGCAUGAUGUGGUUUGACAUGUGUGAAUCCCAUGAUUAACAAUGAAUAGUGUGUACAUUACUUGUGAUAAUGUUACAGUUGAUGAUGAAUGAACGAAUGAUGGUUAAGGAGAGAAAACUGGUUUAAAAGCUUCAAAGUUUUUUCCACGCUGAUGAGUAAUUAAAAAGCAUCUUUUUGACAGGUUAGAGCUAGUUCAAUGUGCUGCUUGAAAAAGUAUUUCUGAGCUUUAUUCUGCAUUUCUAUUGGGUAGGUGUGGUAGUGUAUUUGGACAGUAAUGUACCUGGUGACUCCAAACUGUAAAGCGUAGUUAAAAGAGUAAUUAUUUUUCAGGGGUUUUCAGUGUAAAUUGUUUUCGUAUUUUAUGAAUUACUUUGACAGAGGAACACCCAAACAGGCACAGGAAGUCUGACGCAUGGAAGCAGUCAUCGUUCACCCUCUCAUUAAUGUUGGCAGACUGACAUUAUCACAGUUAAUCUCCUGUAGUCUGAUUUAGCACCUGUACUUUUCCGACUGAUGCACUGAAGUGCUCAACUUAAGUGGUACCCACAAAUUCAAAAAGCAAAAGUUAUUUGUAGACAAAAGAGAAAGAUACAUUUUAAGAGAGUUUAUUAGAAAAGAAUUUGUUUUACAGUGUCUGCUUUUUAGAGAGCACUAUGUGUGAGGAUUGAACAAACUAAAACUAACCAAAAAAAAAAAGACUGGCGUUUUGGGAGCAGGAACCCGAAGAUUUUUACAUUCCAGUGCAAUGAAACAAGCGAUGAUGAAAUACAUAACCAUGUAGUAUCCCAUUACCUCACCGCUCAACCAACGUGGUAGGAAAAUAACAGGGGAGAUAUUUGAAGCACAGUCUUGCCCUCAGUGGUGCUUAACUACAGGGUGUUUCAAUGAAUUAUUUCUGCUUUCAAACUGGUCAUUAAUCACCACAGCUUUUGCAUUCAAAAUGAUCAUGUCAUUCAUGGGUUUUUGUGUGUGAAGGUUAUCUCCUUUGGUUGUGGUUCUUUGAUCUUUUUCAUGAACUGCUUGUAGAGAAUGACCAGUGUGCGGUAAGAUUUGUACAAAUGAGUGUUUGUAUCAUGAAUAUGUUGCCUUUUUAUGAAUGCUUUGUUUCGGGGGGCUACAGUACUUACUGUGUAAACAGAUGCAAUGCGUCAUGGGUUGUUGCAAAGUGACUACUGCUCAGUGUGAAAGCCAGUGACUUGUGCUUGGAACAGAUUUGUAAGUGAAACAUACAUUAAAAUCCCUGUCUAUGCAUUAUUACCGCCUGGGUCUAUUUGUAAAAAGAAAAAAAAGACAUUUUGUAAACUUAUGUUUUAUGUCAUGCACAUAUAACAGAAACCUGCAAGAAAAGUAAGAAUAAAAU